CUGCAUGCGGAGUGCGUAUUUGCUUUAUCAACCAGCGAUAAAAAUCUCCGCUCACCAGUCAGAACAAUUCACAGACUCCGGCCGCAGAAAUCUCUUUUUAUGGCCAUGCACGAAGGAAAGUUCAGUUUGUGGGGUUCAACUUUGUGCCUUUGUGGGAUAUUAGUUGUACUGUAACCGUAACCUGGGCCCUUUUACAAUCCAAAAUUAUAUUGUUUAACUGCCGAUUUUGAUUAAAAUGGAUCACAGAAGUUUUUGGUAUAUCGUCUGCGUUGCCAUCAUAUCUUUUGUCCACUUUGGUGCGAGCGCGCCAGUGUAUUUGUAUGAUCCUCAGUCAUCCCAGCCAUAUGCAUCCAGCAUCUACAUCGACGCCGAUCCCGUCUAUUCAUUUGAUGCACAGCCCAGUCAACCAGUCGCAACAGGUCAACAACCCUCUGGCCCCGGAGUCGCUCUGACGGCUGGAUCGGCAUCCUUCGCUCAGAAUCCCGGAUGGCAGGGCGACCAGAUGAUGAUGCCUCCGUCGUUAGGUGGACCGUACGAUUUGGAUCCCGCCGAUUACCCGCCGUUUGGCCCAUCCAGUGGCUACCCGACUGGCGCUGGUCCAGGGCAGCAGAUUCCUUCCGGGUCUGGUGGCGCCGUUGCUUUUGUCCAGCACAACGCACAACCGUCUAGUCUGCAGUAUGCUGGCCCGGCAUUCCUUAGCUACGAUGUACGGCAGCCUUAUAUCCACGCCGGAAAUGUUGAUUUCUCCAAGCUUCCGAUCGCUUUACCUAAACUGACCAAUUCUGCCACGGGAACGCUCAUUAACACAGGAAGUGCUGAUAAGGGUCAACUGAGCGCAUCCGGAAAGACGAACACUAAUACUGGUCCUAUGGGAGCUUUAAGUACCGGCUCUGGGACAAUUUCCGGUCAAGGUCUCGGUUUAUCUGCCACUCAGGUCAACAGUGGUCAGGCCGGCACCGGAAUAGCGCCGGCAGGACCGAAUGCCCCGUUAAGUGGCAGCUCCAGCAAUAACUUUGUUAACAGCCUGCAAGCUGAAAAAGGACGCGUUCUUGGUGAUUCCAACACGGUUUCACGGACAGGUGCUAAUGGGAACGCGUUUGGUUCGUCAAGCGGAAACGCAUUCGGUACUGGUCAGGGAUUGCAGUUGACCCAGGUUGCCAAUUCAGAUAGUGAAGGGUCCGGAGUAGGUGCACCAGGACCACAACCGUAUAUGGCGCGGAGAGCUUGGAAUUAAAAGAGCGUUCGUUCCUCGGUAAAUUCUCUUUAGCCUGCUGGGCGAGGUGUUUUUCAACCGUUUGUUUAUACUAUUAUUAAUGUGAUACCGUGCGGGCGAUGAAACUGAUGCUGUGGUGCCGUUAACUAGUCAGUUUUGGCUGCUUUUAAGUAAUUACCGCCGUUUAUUGUGCUAAAUUGAUUAAAGUUUGCGCGACUGAA